AUGAAGGGAGUUACCGAUUACAUUGGGCAACUGCCAGAGCCCGUCCAGCUCGUGCUGGCCAGCAUCGGCGCUCUGUUCCUUGCUAACAAGGCCUUGGGCUACGUCAAAUUCCUCCUCGGUGUUUUCGUGCUUAGCGGAACUAACCUUCGCACAUAUGGCAAGCCCGGUACUUGGGCCGUUGUGACGGGUGCAUCCGAUGGUCUCGGCAAGGAGUACGCCUACCAGCUCGCUAGCAAGGGCUUCAACCUCGUCCUCGUGUCCCGAACCCAGUCGAAGCUUGAGGCUCUUGCCCACGAGAUUGAGGCGAAGUUUUCUGGCAAGAUCCUGGUCAAGGUGCUGGCUAUGGACUACACCCGUGACGACAACGCCGACUACGAUCGCCUCGCCCAGACUAUCGACGGCCUUGAUGUCGGUAUCCUUAUCAACAACGUUGGCCAGAGCCACAGCAUCCCUGUUCCUUUCCUCCUGACCGCCCGCGACGAGCUCCAGAACAUCGUUACCGUCAACUGCCUCGGUACUCUGAAGACCACCCAGGUUGUUGCUCCCAUUAUGCAGAAGCGCAAGUCCGGCCUGAUCUUGACCAUGGGAUCGUUUGCCGGCUGGAUCCCUAGCCCUUACUUGGCCACAUACUCUGGCAGCAAGGCUUUCUUGCAGCACUGGAGCACCUCCCUUGCCGCCGAGCUCAAGUCUGAUGGAAUUGAUGUCCAGCUUGUCGUCAGCUACCUCAUUACCACGGCCAUGAGCAAGAUUCGUCGUACGAGCUUGCUAAUCCCUAACCCCAAGAGCUUUGUCCGUGCUGCGCUGGGAAAGGUCGGCACCGGUAUCUACCAGGACUUUGCUUACUCCUACACACCGUGGUGGUCGCAUGCGCUGUUGCUGUGGGUAGUUGAGAACACAAUUGGCGUUGCUCAUGAGUGGGCCGUCGCUUUCAACCUCAAGAUGCACGCUGACAUCCGCACCCGUGCCCUGAAGAAGGCUGCCCGUGAUGCUAAGAAGGCCUAG